CUGUUAGAAAUAUGAGGAAGUAAAACAGCCUUUCACUUUCAUUUUAAGCUGCUACACGAUACACACAAAAGGUAAGACAUAUUUGCAUUUGACUCAAAAUAAAACUAAUAUAAAAAAAAUCUAAUUGUGUGACAUUAACAUCAUGUUACCAUUAACAUACAUAAUACAGCGAACCAGAUUAGGAAAUGAAAGAUGUCAGAACAAAGGACACAGAGAAGUCUUACAACAGUCUCAAACAGUUUCCCAAGCAGCAAAAGAUUCCCUGAAAUUAGAAUUAUAUUGAUUGGGGGUCGAAAUUUGGGUGGAACAGAAUCAAGUGGAAAAAGUUCUGUGGGAAACACCAUUCUGGGCAGAAAUGCUUUUAAUGUUGAAAGAAGAACUGCCCGGUCUGUUCAAGCAGAGGGUGAAGUACAUGGAAGACACGUGACUGUGGUUGACACUCCAGGCUGAUGGUGGCAUUAUAAUGUGGAAAAUACUCCAAAGUUUGACAUACUGGAAAUUAUAAAGUGCCCAACACUGUGCCCUCCUGGACCUCACGCCUUCCUUCUGGUCAUUCCUAUAGACAAUAUGUUUCCAAAAGACUAUAGAAUAGCUUUGAAUGAACAUCUGGAGUUUUUGACAGAGAAUGUCUGGAGACAUAUUAUUGUGCUGUUCAGCUGCAUUGCUCCAUAUGAUGAUCGAUCUUUCAAAAACAAUCUUAGAAGCUGGCCAGAUCUCCAAUUACUUCUAAGAAGGUGUCAGAACAAGUGUCAUGUCCUUAAUAUUAAAGACAGGAAUGACAGCUCUCAAGUGAUCAAACUGCUGGAAAAAAUUGAGGAAAUGGUAGCCCAAAACAAUCACAAAUAUUUUAAAAUCAGCAAAAGUGUGUCUGUAGAGGAUGAGAGAGAGAAAAUAAGAAAGGAAAAAGUCAAACAGAGAAUUCUUGCUGUCAAGAGUCGAAGGACUGAACUCCAAGAAUGUAUUAAAGAUGAGGAACAAUAUCUUACUGAUAUACAGAUCGUAAUACUUGGAGCAUCGUGGGCUGCAAGGAGUUCUGCAGGCAACCUCAUUCUGGGUAAAGAAGCUUUUCAAGUCGAUGAAUUAAGAACAACAGUACGCUGUGAGGUUAGGUAUGCUGAAGUGCAAGGAAAACAGUUGACUGUAGUCGACACUCCAGGCUGGUCCUGUCAAUAUCCUCUCGAAAAGACAUCAGAGAUUGACAAACUGGAGAUCAGACGUAGUGUGCAUCUAUGUCCUCCUGGCCCACAUGCUAUUCUGUUAACUGUUCCAACUGCUAUAGCAUUUAACAAAUCUUAUAGAACAGCUGUGGAGGAACACAUGGGUCUUUUGGGGAAGGAGGUAUGGAGCCAUACAAUCGUGCUAUUCACCAGAGGAGACUGGCUUGGGGAUACAACCAUUGAGGAACGAAUUGAAGAAGAAGGAGAGCAUCUUGAGUGGCUGAUGGUGCAAUGUGGGUACAGAUAUCAUGUUGUUAACUGUAAGAAUCACACCGACAGCACACAAGUCACAGAACUCCUUGAGAAGAUCGAGGAAAUGGUGAUGGAAAACAACGGUUGUCACUAUGUGCCAGAUGAGAAGAACAAUCCAUUCAACGAGCUUGAGCUGAGGCUGAAGAAAGGCAAAACAGACAUAGAGAAAGGGCGAAGACAAAAAUAUAUGCUUCAAGAGCUUCUUAAAGAAAAGAAAAAAAAUCUCUCAGAAGUUAGAAUUGUUCUUCUUGGAGGAGAAGGAGUUGGGAAAAGUACAUCAGGAAACAUGAUUCUGCAAAGAGCUUUUUUUGACAUUAAACUACAAGAUGGAUUUAAACCCCAGCCAAGAACAAAGCAAUGUAUAAUGAAUCAAAGGAAAGUUGAAGGAUGUCAAAUCUCAGUGGUUGACACACCAGGCUGGUCAACAUCAAAUCUGGAAGAUGCAAAAGAAAUUUUACAGAGUGUGAAGGUUUGUUCACCAGGUCCACAUGCAUUCUUGCUAGUGCUACCAGUGGAUAAGACUUUUACAAAAAAAGAUGAAAAAACAGUGAUGGAGCUCAUGAGCCUUUUUGGGGAGCAUGUCUGGAGAUAUACUCUAAUUAUAUUCCCUGGACACUGGCUGAGGGACAGACCAGUUGAGCAUUACAUUGCAUGUGAAGGAGAACACCUGCAGACUUUGAUAAGAAAGUGUGGAAACAGAUAUCAUGUACUAAGUGAUGACAGGCAUAAUAUCAAAAAUCUGCUAAAGAUGAUUGAAGAAAUGGUGGCAAGAAACAGAGGGGAAUACUUUACUCAACAAAAGAGAGAAAAAAGUGCAACAGCAUCAGUGAUCCAAUUGUUUACUGGGAAAUUACUGACUGAAGAGGAGUGGAAUAAACGUGAGGAUGAACUCAUAGAGAGGAUGCUGGAAGCAGCAGUUGUGGACCUUGAUGCAGAAUCCAAACAGCCAUCUGGCAGACGAAGGGGAAGCUUUGACGGACUGAUCCCUAGUAUGAGUGGAGAUUCAUUGUCUGAUACCGCCAGUUCAGUUGGAGCUAAUACUCUGAACCCUGCUGACAAAGUAUCUCAAUGGCUCAGGCAUGCAAGAAAGUAUGCACCAUCAUCUGGAUAUGACAGCAUGAGUAUUACCUCAAGUUCUCAGCAUUCAAAAAUGGAAAUAAUCAUAAAAGAUCUUCCAAUGGUCCAAAACCAUCCUAGUGACAUGGACACUUCAAAAUAUGCAAGGAAUAUGAGAGAACAAAAACGUGCUAGAUCAUUUUCGAUGUAGAAUCAGUGUUCUUUACAACCCAAACUAUGCACAUAUAUAAUGUAAACUGAUGAUGACUUGAUAUAAUAAUUAAUAUCUCUUUAUGGUCAGAUUUGCCCCAAGUGUUUUUUUCUACAUAAUUCAGUGAGUUGACAGUGUAUUGCUCUUAUUUUCUAUUUCACAUUGAAAAGAAGGCAGUGUGAGAUGUUGAUCAACUGGUUAUAUGAGUGUGGUUUAGUGACUCUGCAGCACUGUUUCUGUAGGUGUGUAAGGAAUGUUUUUCAUAUGUUGCUCAAAAACAAUUAGUGGAAAUUGUUUAUUGUGUGGUGUUAUGUUCUUUGUAAUCCUAUCUUGACCAGGACUCCCUGGUAGAAGAGAUACUGUAUCUCAAUGGGAACUUCCUGGUUAAAUAAAUAAAUAAAUAAAAUGAUUGUUAUUAUUAUUUGAAUUAAAAAUUGUUCAAACAAUGAUGUAACUAUAAAAUUAUAAAAAUGUUACCUAUUUUAUGUUCAAAGUACUUGAAGGAAAAAACAAUGUACAGCAAAACAAAUAACCUUUUAAUUUCAGUUGUCAUUUCAGAAGCAGCAUCUUUACUAUACUUAUACUGUACAUAGAUUUACUAAUUUAGAAGUCACUUUUUCUUACUUUUUUCAAAAUGCUAAUUAAAAAAAGUCUUGAUGGAGCUCAUGAUUCAAAUUAGCUUUCUCCAUCAACACUGUAACAUAUACAGUACAAGAAAGUGGUUAGAGCAUCAGUGUACAAAAUGACUGAAUCUAAAAAAAAAAAAAAAAAAAAAAAGCUCAACCAUGUGUCUAUUUUCACCAUGGACUAGGAAAGGAAGUUAGAAAAGGAAGGAAAUAGAUAGACAGAGGGAGAAAGAGUAACAAAUGUGAUGUACUACAUCUUACCCUGAUAAGACACCCAGGACGAGGUUAAGCAUGAAGAAGGAGCCAAUGAUGAUGAGAGGGAUAAAGUACAGCC